UGGUACAUUAAAAAUGGGUAAUUUUCAGAAACGGCGAGAGUGGGAGGAAAAGAAUAGUAUUUUUACAGUCAAAAAGAUCGGAAAUAUGCAACAAGGCAAAGAACAAACCGGGCUACGAUCACCGGUUAUUGAAAAGCUACCGGAAAAGAUAGAGUAAUCCAAAGAAAUGGUAGGCUCGUUGGUAUGAGAAAAACACUUGUGUUUUACCGUGGUCGUGCCCUAAAGGUCGUAAAACCGAUUGGGUCAUGCACGAGUUUCAUCUCCAAGGUUUACUUCUUCACCACCCUCGUAAUUAUCUCAAGGAAGAAUGUGUAUUGUGUAGAGUUUUCCACAAGAAUAACAACAUAGCUGAUAGAGACGACAACACAAGCUGUUCUGAUGAAACAACUACCACAUCGAUGGAAUCUAAUUACAUCAACUUUGACUAUGACAACAUCAUCAAACAACAUGUAUCAUGCUUCUCCAAUUUAUCACAUAACCAAAUCAACGGCAACCAAUCUAGUUUAGUCUCCAAGAACUCCAACUCGUUGUAUAAUGCUUCCUCUGAUCAAAUGGUUCUCCGAACUUUGCUAAAUCAGCUCACCAAAAAUGUUGAGAAAUCGCAGAGUUACAGAGAAGGAAGCUCAUCAGAGAGCCAUUUGAGGACAUUAGCAUCCCAAGCCACAUAUGGAAUUACUGAUCAUGGUUAAGUGUUACCAUAGCAUCUCGAUCCCUAUAUAGAAGAAUCAUAUUCAUGGUUGGAAACAUUUAUUCACCCUCUCUUAUGUAAACUUUUAUACCAUAAUGGAUCACUCA